UCCCAUGACGUACUUCCGGGUUUCAUAUUGUUGUUUGUUUCUUCGCAAACAAGUUAACCUGUAAAAAUCACCACCGCCUGCUUUUAUACUGGUGUCGUUUCAGCGAAAUAUUUGUCGUAUCAGUAGUAAAGUGAUUGUUUUAUUGUUUGUUUGUUUUUUCAGUUUCGCAGCUGCUCAGGGAAUGGCCGAAGGCGCUAAGCUAACGGUUAAGCUAAGGGCAGGCAGCAGCUGGUUGGCUUAGAUUCUGUGGAGAUUUCAGUUACAGGGUAUAGUGCAGCCAGGAAGUGGUGUUUUUCAUGGUGCUCUCACUUCGAUGGGGAACUGUCUGUUUUCUCAAGGUGCGGAUGAUCUGUCACUGUUGAAUGAGUCUGAGGGGGGCAGUCUGCCUGGAGAGUCUCCGCCGCCUUACCAGGAGCACACUCAACCAAACCAAGUGUACUAUCCUACACCUGGUGAAAGUCGGCUGGCCAGCCAGCUGACUGAGGAGGAGCAGGUCCGCAUCGCCCAGCGCAUCGGCCUUAUCCAGCACCUGCCCAGAGGCAUAUUUGGCUUAGGCUCCAGCCCCUCUGAGAAGAAGACCCAAGAGUGUGUGAUCUGCAUGAUGGAUUUCGAGUACAGUGAUCCUAUUCGGUUCCUGCCGUGCCUUCACAUCUACCACGUGGAUUGCAUCGACCCCUGGCUGAUGCGCUCCUUCACCUGCCCCUCCUGCGUGGAGCCGGUGGAUGCAGCCCUGCUGUCUACAUAUGAGACUAACUGAGGUGUGAGAAUGGCUACUCCAGCAUAAAAGUCAAUACUUCAGCCAAAACAGUCCUAGCUCUUCAGGUAGCCAAGGUGUUGUGGUGUUGUUCAGAUGUUUGAAGAGCGACUUAGGAUGUCUAAAGCUGUACCACACGGUACGCUGAUUGGGUCUAACUCAGACGUGGGCAAACUUUGGGUCCUAAAAUUUGACGGGGGGCCGGGUCAGGAGCAGAUCGAUGGAGUGUUAGUAAGAACUAAAACAAAUGACACGUAAAAGUCGUAAAGGCUAAAAUGCUUUAAGC